AUGCUGCCAGAUUCGAGUGAACUGGCUCCAACUAAGCUGAUUCCCCAUUCCCCGACGAGCGAGUACCUUCCCCGUCCUCCGCCCCACCUCCCUCCCAUGGCCUUCUCCCCGCGCUCGCCGUGGUCGCGCUCCAAAAAGCCCGACAUCUACUCCACCGUCGUGGUCCACGACGACGAGGACGACGCCCGCGGCGGCGGCGGCGCCGCCCGCGCGGAGGAUGACGACGACGACGACCCCUCCGCGCUGCCCCCGCUCCUCCAGCGCCUCCCCAAGGACUUCGGCGGCGCGUCCUUCGACGACGACGACGACCCCUAUUCCUCGGACCUCGACGACGCCUCGCUCUCCGCCACCGUCGUCAUCAAGCGCGGCGCCCCCGCCUCCACAUCCUCCUCCUCCCGAUCCCCGUUCCUGGAUCUGCGCCGCUCCAGCCCCCGCGCCGCCGAGGCCGACCCGUAUUCCACCUUCGUCGUCCACGGCACCGGGCGCUCCGGCGGCGCCUCCAGCCCGCGGGAGUCCGUCUCCGGCACGUUUAUACGCCACUCGGGUGGCCCCCCCAGCCCCCGCGAGUCCGUCUCCGGCACAUUCAUCCGCCACACCCGUGGCUCCUCCAGCCCCCACGAGUCGUUCUCCGGCACGUUCAUUCACCACACCAGCAGCGCCUCCAGUCCACGCGACUCCGCCUCCGGUGCCGGUGCUGGGUUUGGGUCCUCAUUCAUAACCCCUUCGGCCGGGCAGGCGGAGGAGGACCGGCAGCCAUCACUUCUGAUGCAGCAGCAGCAAUCAAGGCGGAAGGCAUCAAUGAGCUCUUUGCCAGAUAGUGUUACUAGGGAGGAUCCUUCAACCAAGUAUGAGUUGCUCCAUGAGCUCGGGAAAGGUUCAUAUGGUGCAGUGUACAAGGCGAGGGAUCUCAGAACGCAGGAGCUUGUAGCUGUCAAGAUCAUCUCCUUAACAGAAGGGGAAGAAGGAUAUGAAGAUAUACGGGGAGAAAUUGAGAUGCUACAGCAGUGCAGCCAUCCAAAUGUUGUGCGCUACUUUGGGAGUUAUCAAGGAGAAGAAUACCUUUGGAUAGUUAUGGAGUAUUGUGGUGGUGGAAGUGUUGCUGACUUGAUAGGCAUUACAGAGGAGCCUCUUGACGAACCGCAAAUAGCUUAUAUAUGUCGAGAAACAUUAAAGGGUCUUGCUUACUUGCACACAAUUUUCAAAGUUCAUAGAGAUAUUAAGGGUGGCAACAUUCUACUGACUGAUCAAGGCGAGGUGAAGUUGGGCGAUUUUGGUGUUGCUGCCCAACUAACAAGAACCAUGUCAAAGCGCAACACGUUCAUCGGUACUCCACACUGGAUGGCGCCAGAGGUCAUUCAAGAAAGUCGUUAUGAUGGGAAGGUAGAUGUUUGGGCUCUUGGUGUGUCUGCAAUAGAGAUGGCAGAGGGCAUGCCACCGAGAUCCACUGUGCAUCCAAUGAGAGUGAUCUUCAUGAUAUCUAGUGAACCUGCACCGAUGCUGGAGGAUAAGGAGAAGUGGUCUCUUCUCUUUCAUGAUUUUAUUGCCAAGUGCCUAACAAAGGAUGCAAGACUCCGGCCUCCUGCAAUUGAGAUGCUGAAGCACAAAUUUAUUGAGAAGUGCAACACUGGAGCUUCAAAAAUGUUGGCAAAGAUCAAGGAAGCAAAAAUCAUCAGAGAAACAGCUGCACAAAACCAGCUGCCUGACUCUGAUGAUGCAAUGGAUGCAACUGUUCGAAUUAAUGAAGAUUAUGGAGAAACUGUUCCGACAAACUCUCAGUCAACUCAUGAAACAAAAAAUGAUGGUUCGGGAGGCGAUUUUGGCACAAUGAUAGUCCAUCCUGAAGAUGGCGAUGAAGCGGCCGAAUCAUCUAUUUUCCCAAGAACAGAGUUCAUACCGGGCCUUGGUAGCAUCAACUCUUUCACGCAUGAUCCAAAGAGGGCUGAGCUUAUUUCAAAAUUUUGGGCGGAGAGCACAGCUGAUAGUGAUGCCAGUAAAGAGCGGGACUUGUAUGGACUUCCUGACAUCCAAGAACCUAAAACAAUGCCACGUUCAACUGGAACAGUUAAGCAGCACAAGGGCGCAGAAGGGACUGUGCUGCGCCAUGAUAUCACUGCAUCACCAGGUGUUGCUAGCACAAUGAACAAAUUAAGCAGCAGCCCAAGCCGUAAAGCAUUUUCGGUUCAGGAUAAGCUCUGGUCAAUCUAUGCGGCCGGAAACACCGUGCCUAUUCCAUUUCUUAAGGCUAUUGACAUUUCACCACUAGCUCUAGUAUCGGAUAGCGUAGCAGGCAAUGGCCCUGCUGGUUCAAGCACAACUGAUGCCUUGGAGGCAGUCAGGGAGCUUUUCAGUGGCGACGGGCAGGCAAAGAAAGGGCGCAAAGGGCAAAAUGAGGCCCCUCUUCCUCCUGGUGUGCACGACAGAUUAACGACAAGCCCUACAUUGAUGAACCUGGCCCAGGCUCUCGCUUACCAUAAGACGUGCUACGAGGACAUGCCUCUUCAAGAUUCACAAGCGACAGAAGAGCAGCAGACGAUACAGAACCUUUGUGAUACGCUUCGGACCAUACUGAGGUUGUAG